AUGGCUCCCGGUCUUUCCCUAACAGCUAGAGCCCCAGAGCUUGGCCAGUACGGCGACUGCAACUGGGACGUCGCAAUUUUCGCAUUCUAUACCCUCUUUGGAAAAAAGAUCUCAGGCAAUGAGAAUCACAUUGCGCGGCCCGCAGUGCCAAAUGUAGAAUUCGAAACUCUGGGAGAGGUUUUGAAAGCUCAUAUCGCCCUAGACAAAGGCAAACACAAACGCGACGAUGACGGCGCAGCUGCUGAUCUUGAAUGUCGGCCUACAGGAUUCAUUGUUAUAGUUGCAGAAAACAGGAAAACAAUGCCUGGUGGACUGCUAUUUGUAUACGCAGAUGAUGAGAAGGAUUGUGAGCUGGACAAGUUCUUCUUCAAAAUGCAAGAUGCAUACAUGAUGCUCUCGAGUUUUACCUUCGGGGAAGUUGAGAAGAAGUAA